UGUGUACGCUUGUUACUGUAACAAAUUUCUUCAAAUAAAUUGUUUAAUUUGUUGGUGUUCAUUUUUAGUACAAUUCUUAGUGAUCAUCUUUUAAAACAAGUCUAUGUAUACCUACUUUUUGUAUUGUUUUAUGUUUCGGGAUACCGUAAAGGUAUUUUAUAAUUUACUUAAGUAAUAAUGGAGUUUUAAAUAACCCUAAGACUAAAAAUUUUCAUAAAAUUAUUAAUAUCGAAUAUUAAGGAAAGGUGUCAACAAAAAUGAACAAUAGUGUUGGUACAAAUCGAAAUGCGGAUGAGAAUGAAACUAAAGAGGUCAGGCGAGGUACUAAAGAAAAAAUUAAAACGGAUAGCAGAGAAAAUUCAACAAGUAGAAAAAAAAUAAAGUUGAAUAAUAGAAAUGAGACUGAAGACAAUAGUAAACCUAAGAGAAAGCUGCUUGAAUUGGAAACAGAUCCAUCAAUAUUACAAAGACGACAAAAGCAGAUAGAUUAUGGCAAAAAUACUGUUGGUUAUCAUAGCUAUUUACAGCAAGUUCCUAUGGAUAAACGCACAAAAGAUGACCCAAAAACGCCAGAUAAGUAUACAAAAUAUAGUAGAAGAUCUUGGGAUAUGUUAAUAAAAAUGUGGAGAAAAAAGCUACAUCAGUAUGAUACUGGAGAUAAAAAGGAGCCUAACAUGGAAUCUGAUGAAGAUACAGAUUCAUAGUUAUAUUUGUUUGCAAAAAAGAUAAAUGAUUAAUAUG